UCGAGGUCAGGAGGAGGAGAAAGCACGUGUGGCUCCUGAGUCCUGCACUGUCCUUCCUGGGGGAGCUGUUCAAUAAUACUGACGAGCAGCGUACAAUCUUAAGUCUCGCAUCAUGGUCAGUAAGACAGACGACAUUGCUGCUUCACAGCCUCUAGACAUCGGAAAGCAGAAUGCUGGAGCGCCAACGAAGAAGGACACCGGUGCACACGCUGGACACUCCGAGGGCAUGCCAGUGAUGAAUGGAGACAGUGUUCACCACAGUGAAGGGGAUGAGCAUAAGGAGAAUGGAGGUGGUGGCACAGAGCAAGGUGAUGAUGGGAAUGAACAGGAAGUAAUCGUCAUCCAGGACACUGGCUUCACUGUCAAGAUUCAAGCCCCAGGAGCUGAGCCCUUUGAUUUGCAGGUUUCACCUCAGGAGAUGGUCCAAGAGAUCCACCAGGUACUGAUGGACCGGGAAGACACAUGCCACCGGACCUGCUUCUCCCUGCAGCUCGAUGGCAACGUACUUGACAAUUUUGCAGAGCUUAAGUCAAUUGAGGGGCUACAAGAAGGCUCUUUACUUAAAGUAGUUGAAGAACCAUAUACUGUUCGUGAAGCCCGAAUCCAUGUGCGUCACAUCCGGGACCUGCUCAAGAGCCUUGAUCCCUCGGAUGCCUAUAAUGGUGUUGACUGCAACUCACUGUCCUUCCUGAAUGUUUUUACUGAAGGAGACCUUGGAGACAGCGGUAAACGUAAGAGGAAAAGUAAUGAAUUGGAACAGAUUGACUGUACCCCUCCUGAGCACAUUCUUCCUGGCAGUAAAGACCGUCCUUUGACUCCCCUUCAGCCACAGAAUAAGGACUUGAAGCCUCUUCAGUGCCUGAGAGUCCUGACAAUGAGUGGUUGGAACCCACCUCCAGGAAAUCGGAAAAUGCAUGGAGACUUAAUGUACUUGUAUGUAGUGACAAUGGAAGAAAGAAAUGUGAGCAUCACAGCUUCAGCUCGUGGAUUCUACCUCAACCAAUCAACUACUUAUACAUUCAACCCAAAACCAGCCAAUCCCAGUUUCUUGAGCCACUCCUUGGUAGAACUGCUUGGCCAAAUCAGCCCAGCCUUUAAGAAACACUUUGCUGCUUUGCAAAAGAAAAGAGUUCAGAGGCACCCAUUUGAAAGAAUUGCCACUCCCUUCCAAGUAUACAGCUGGACAGCACCACAGGUGGAUCAUGCCAUGGACUGUGUGCGUGCUGAAGAUGCUUACACUUCCCGACUUGGCUAUGAGGAACAUAUACCAGGCCAGACAAGAGACUGGAAUGAAGAGUUGCAGACAACGAGAGAGUUGCCACGCAAGAACCUGCCGGAGCGCCUGCUAAGAGAAAGGGCAGUUUUCAAGGUUCAUAGUGAUUUUGCUGCAGCAGCUACACGAGGAGCAAUGGCAGUCAUUGAUGGAAAUGUAAUGGCCAUUAAUCCUGGGGAAGAGACACGAAUGCAGAUGUUCAUUUGGAACAACAUUUUCUUCAGCCUGGGCUUUGAUGUGCGAGAUCAUUAUCGAGAGCUAGGUGGAGAUUAUGCUGCACAUACUGCACCUACCAAUGACUUGAAUGGGGUGCGCGCUUAUGGAGCAGUGGAUGUGGAGGGGCUGUAUACACUGGGUACAGUAGUAGUAGAUUACAGAGGAUACCGUGUCACUGCUCAGUCCAUUAUCCCUGGUAUACUAGAACGAGAACAGGAACAGAGUGUUAUCUAUGGCUCCAUUGACUUUGGCAAGACCGUUGUCUCUCACCCCAAAUAUCUAGAGCUACUAGAAAAAACAAGCCGGCCUCUCAAAGUACAGAAGCAUUUGGUUUUGAAUGAUAAAGGAGAGACAGUUGAACUGUGCUCCUCUGUGGAGUGUAAGGGUAUUAUUGGCAAUGAUGGACGCCACUACAUACUAGAUUUGCUGCGCACCUUUCCUCCGGACCUCAACUUUUUGCCAGUGGAAGGGGAAGAGCUUCUGGAAGAAUGCACUGCAUUAGGAUUUCCACGUAUGCACCGCCACAGGCUGGCAUGUCUGCGCCAGGAGCUGAUAGAAGCUUUUGUGGAACACAGGUACCUUCUCUUCAUGAAGAUGGCUGCUUUGCAACUGAUGAAACAGAAAGCUAAUCAGGAAACCAAGAAACUUGAAAAUGGUACAUCUGUUUCCAUAACUCAAUCGGCAAAUAAAGAAGAGGAUCAAGAUCCAUCAAUGUUACACACUAUUUCUGCUGCGUCAUCUAUCUCUGUCACAGACAAUGGGGACUGCAAGAGUCUGGAAUCCUCAGAGGGUAAGGAUGGAGACGAGAAUAUCCCAGGUUUGGCUGAGGUUAAAGAACUGGCCACAGCUGUAGCGGCACAGGAUGGAACAGCAGACCCCAAAGGUUAUGAAGUUGUCCAGAAUGCAUGUAAAGCAGUUGGCUCCAUCAGCAGCACUUCCUUUGAUAUCCGCUUUAAUCCAGAUAUCUUUUCUCCAGGAGUACGUUUUCCAGAAAGUAGUUCAGAAGAGAUUAACAAGCAGAAGCAGCUGCUGAAGGAUGCCGCUGCUUUCCUGGUGUCGUGUCAGAUUCCUGCUCUAAUCAAAGACUGUCUUGACCACAAUGCCCUGCCAAUGGAUGGAGCAACUCUGACUGAAGCUUUGCACCAGCGUGGGAUAAAUAUGCGCUAUCUGGGUACAGUGCUGGACUUCAUUACUAAAACACCGUCCAGGGGGCAGCUUGAUCAUGUUUAUAAAAUAGGAGUCAGCGAAGUGAUCACUCGUUCUGCAAAACACGUGUUUAAGACAUAUCUCCAGGGUGUUGAACUGUCUGCAUUAUCAGCUGCCAUAAGCCACUUUCUGAACUGCUUUUUGAGCUCAUUCCCUGACACAGUUGGUCACCUUCCAACAGAUGAGCUAGUAUCUAAGAGAAAGAAUCGGCGACGGCGAAACAGAGCUCCUGGGAGUGGUGGGGCUGAUAACACCGCUUGGACCAGUCUGUCACCCUCUGACCUCUGGAGGAACAUCAGCUCAGAGGCGCAGAGCUAUUUUCACUUUACUCUACACAGUGAGACUGUGGAUCAAGCUGUGGAGAAAUAUGGGCUACAAAAAAUCAGCCUUCUCAGAGAGAUUUCACUGAAGACUGGUAUUCAGAUUCUGAUUAAGGAGUUCAAUUUUGACGGCCGUCACAAGCCCACAUUUGUCGAAGAAGAUAUAUUGAAUAUCUUUCCUAUAGUGAAGCAUGUAAACCCCAAGGCUUCGGAUGCAUUUCACUUCUUUCAAAGUGGUCAAGCCAAAGUCCAGCAAGGUUUCCUGAAAGAGGGUUGUGAACUAAUCAAUGAGGCUCUAAACCUUUUUAACAAUGUUUAUGGAGCCAUGCAUGUGGAGAUAUGUGCUUGUUUGCGACUACUGGCUCGUCUCAAUUACAUCAUGGGAGAAUACCCUGAGGCUCUUAGUAAUCAACAGAAGGCUGUGCUGAUGAGUGAAAGAGUGCUUGGCAUCGAACACCCGAACACCAUACAGGAAUAUAUGCAUUUGGCUCUGUACUGCUUUGCCAACGGCCAGCUUUCAACUGCCCUCAGAUUGCUGUAUCGUGCUCGCUAUCUCAUGCUUUUGGUAUUUGGUGAAGACCACCCAGAGAUGGCCCUAUUAGAUAGCAACAUUGGUCUCGUCCUUCAUGGUGUCAUGGAAUAUGAUCUGGCACUACGCUUCCUAGAAAGUGCUCUAGCCAUAAAUUCAAAGUAUCAUGGAGCUCGCUCCCUUAAGGUUGCACUCAGUCACCAUCUCGUCGCUCGAGUCUAUGAAAGCAAAGCAGAGUUCCGGUCUGCCUUACAGCAUGAGAAAGAAGGCUACACCAUCUAUAAAAACCAGGUGGGUGAGAGCCAUGAAAAGACCCGGGAGAGCUCCGAGUAUCUGAAGUACCUGACCCAGCAAGCUGUGGCACUGCAGCGGACUAUGAAUGAAAUCUACAAAAAUGGCUCCAGUGCGAACAUUGUGCCUCUCAAAUUUACAGCCCCCAGUAUGGCAAGUGUCCUGGAGCAGCUCAAUGUAAUCAAUGGCAUCAUCUUCAUCCCCCUCAGCCAGAAAGACCUAGAAAAUCUGAAGGCUGAAGUGCAGCGACGUCAGCAGCUCCAAGAAGUGGCACACAGUGGUGACCAGGAGGACGAAUGCCAGUCCGUCACAGAAAAGGAACAGGAGGACCCUAGUCAAGGACUGCAGCUGGAUUAGAAUGUGUUAGCGUAAACCUAAGGGACACAGAAUGUCAAAUUUCUAUGUGUAACAGAUUAAUAGGGUGACUUGAAAAAUAACCUUGCCUGUGCCAGCCAGCUGGGCCUGCGCUGGACCCCUUGAAUCUGAACUGCUGUGCCAGCUGCACUGCCACCUUUCCUGCUCAUACUGGUCCUUGAGGAGUGGAGGUGAGAGGCCGAGUCCACUCGUAGCGUGACCAGUGCUUUGGAGCUGCCCAUCACAAUCCCCUCCUUCAGCCACACACCUUUCCAUGAAACUGGCUGCCAUAUCUUCAGUCCUCUUGAAGGUGGUCCUGCCAGGAGAAUAGUGGUGCGCUUU